GUAACGGGACACCGGGCAGGAGCGCGGGGCCACACAGACCUGCAGAGCGCGCCCGGAGACGGUCUGCUGCCCCGCCACCAUGAGCUUCUGCCUGCGGAUCGGUGUGCUCCUCCUGCUCGUGACCGGGACUUUAACGGAAGACGGGUUUGACCUGUCUGAUGCGCUGGACGAUCUCGUUCCACCGACUGACAAGCCCCAAAAGCAACCCAAGGCCCCGGAGAAGCCCAUCAGUGAUGGGGGGCUGGACCUGCUGGACGCCUUAGGACCAGACGAGCCUGUGAAACCCAAGAAACCAAGUUCUGGAGAUUCUGGUGGCUUUGGAUUUGAUCUGACGGACGCUCUUGGUCCUGAUCCCAACCCUAAACCGGAGCAACCUGCCGUGAAGCCACCGAGUGGCGGAGGAGGUGGAGGCAAUUUUGGUGACUCCGACUUAUUUGACAUUGGUGGUGGAGAAUACAAGCCUGAUGGGGGUGGAGGGGUGGACCCCGGCUCGGAUACUCACGGUGGAGCCGACCAGCCUCAAGAAGCGGGCUCUGGAAAGAUCGCGGGCAUCGUCAGUGCCGUGGGCGUGGCCCUGCUGGGAGCAGCCGCCAGCUACUUUGCGUACCAGAAGAAGAAGCUCUGCUUCAAGAUCCAAGGAGGUGCAGAUCCAGAGAAAGGCCACCAGGGGGCUCAGUCGGAUCCUCAAGUCUUCAGCAACCUGCUCAGGACGUCCUAGAGGUCAGGGGCCUCCAGCCGACCGUCAACCAGCUGUCAGUCAUCCGCCAGGAGGCUCCUCUUCCUCUUCCUCUUCCUCCGCCCAACGAGCUCCUCCCCGGUCCGACUCCCAGCAUUUAUAUACAGUACAUGAUUCAUAUGGUUUGUAGUAGAUUAUUUGUGUGUAGAAAAUUAAAUUAGAAGCCAGAACCGUCGCUGCAGAGUCGUGGCACCUCCUCCUCCUCCUCCUCCUCCUCCUCUCUCUGGGGUUCAGGAUUGCCUGAAUCCCCAAAGGUUUUAACGUUAGCUUAUCUCACAGCCAAAUGCCUUAAAGCCUCGAAGACAAGCGUUGAAAGGCAACAAAGGGGGUGUGGCCAGCAUGAACCAAUAGGAGCUGGCUGCUAAUUAGAGCCAUGAACAGUGAAGCACUUGACCGCAACCUCCCUACAUGCUCACCAGCUAGAAGCCGGGCUUCUUGUUCCCGGGCCAGAACCCAUGUAGUGGAAAUGUAGAUUAUUCACAAUUCAUAAAAACCCACCAACGCCUGGGAGGAGGAGCCAUAAGCACCGCCAUGCUCCACUCGCCACGCAGCUGGGUGUGCACCCAGCAGAAGGAGCUUUUUAAUAUGAGAUGACGCAUAGCAACACGUUGUAUCACCAUGGCAACUGACGCAGCUCGAUAUGUCUGUGUUAACCAUGUGACUUAACGUGUAACGGGGAGUGUGUCCAUAAUUAGCCUCUUAGCUAGUUUGGGUUCCGGAGAAAAGUCAGCAACUAGUUGGUGAACACGGCAACGUUGAGCAACUAGCUGUAACACAGCAAUGUUGAGCAACUAGUUGGUGGACAUGGAAACAUUGAGCAACUAGUUGGUGGACAUGGAAACGUUGAGCAACUAGUUGGUGGGCAUGAAAACGUUGAGCAACUAGUUGGUGGACAAGGAAACGUUAAGCAACUAGUUGGUGGACAUGGAAACGUUGAGCAACUAGUUGGUGGACAUGGAAACGUUGAGCAACUAGUUGGUGGGCAUGAAAACGUUGAGCAACUAGUUGGUGGACAUGGAAACGUUGAGCAACUAGUUGGUGGACAUGGAAACGUUAAGCAACUAGUUGGUGGACAUGGAAACGUUGAGCAACCAGUUGGUGGACAUGGAAACGUUGAGUAACUAGUUGGUGGACAUGGAAACGUUGAGCAACUAGUUGUUGGACAUGGAAACGUUGAGCAACCAGUUGGUGGACAUGGAAAUGUUGAGCAACUAGCUGUUGAGCAACUAGUUGGUGGACAUGGAAACGUUGAGCAACUAGUUGGUGGUCAUGAAAACGUUGAGCAACUAGUUGGUGGACAAGGAAACGUUAAGCAACUAGUUGGUGGACAUGGAAACGUUGAGCAACUAGUUGGUGGACAUGGAAACGUUGAGCAACCAGUUGGUGGACAUGGAAACAUUAAGCAACUAGUUGGUGGACAUGGAAACGUUGAGCAACCAGUUGGUGGACAUGGAAACGUUGAGUAACUAGUUGGUGGACAUGGAAACGUUGAGCAACUAGUUGGUGGACAUGGAAACGUUGAGCAACUAGUUGGUGGGCAUGAAAACGUUGAGCAACUAGUUGGUGGACAAGGAAACGUUAAGCAACUAGUUGGUGGACAUGGAAACGUUGAGCAACUAGUUGGUGGACAUGGAAACGUUAAGCAACUAGUUGGUGGACAUGGAAACGUUGAGCAACUAGUUGGUGGACAUGGAAACGUUGAGCAACUAGUUGGUGGACAUGGAAACGUUGAGCAACUAGCUGUUGAGCAACUAGUUGGUGAACACAGCAACGUUGAGCAACUAGCUGUAACUCUGCAGUGUUGAGCAACUAGUUGGUGAGCUCCUCUGAACCAGAGGAAGAAUACAUAUUGCUUACGUGGACAACACAUGUUGCUCAUGUUGCUCUGCAGCUGCUGCCUGUAAAUAAGCAGCUAGCUUACGUCUUUGCCACAUUAGUUUCCACUGCCCCCUAGUGGUAGAAAAAGCAAAGGAUGCAGCUUUAAAACAAGCGAGCGCCUUGAUACAAGAUUAUUUUCUCACUUGUUUUAAGAAAAUUAAGCUAAAUUUUAGGAAUUUAUACUCGACAGAAAUGACCGGUGAGAUGGAGUGUGUGUCUUUAUGGCUCCGCCUCUUAUGUGAGGGGCGCAUAUCAUCAAUUCACAAGGAUUGCAUCUGGGGAUUGUUGUGAUGACGCUGGACUAUGAGCUGUAUAUACUGGUGGUAACGCACAGGCCUGCUAACUUUAGCUUCUGGUUUGAUGCUGCAGUGCGUUUUGUUUUUCACUGUCAACAUAAUGUUCUCAUUCUGAAGUGUGAUGUCUCAGUUCUACAAGCAUCAACCAGGUAUUUUAAAUCAGACAAAUGUCACUGUUCUUUGUGCAUGUUUUCAAUAAAGUGGUGUUGUACAGUU